AUGCUGGACGCUCGCCAGGAAGAGGCCCGCGCUGCAAAUGCAGAAGCAAGCAUGAAAACUGUCAGCCCAUUGCAGGUGGACAAGUCAUUGCGUGAGGAGUUCCCAAGUUUGUUUGAAGAUGAGGGCGAGGAUGAUGCCGCGGCCCCCGCGGAGGAGGAAGACGAAGGAUUGGACACCCUCGACUCAGACUUGGAAGCAGCCCUUGAGGAGGAGUUGCUAAAGGACCCCGCCGGCUUGGCGGAUGACGAUGAGCACAUGUAUGCUAUGAAAGUUUUGGAAGCCGCGCGGAACAAG